GCAACCGUGGCGCAACGUCCGGCAAGAUGGUGGCGCCCAUGGGCUGAAUGCGCUGGAAGAAUCUGGAAAGGUGGAGAAGCUUCGGUGCGGUCGGCAGCGGCAGGAGGUGGCUGCACGGCCGGGAAGGUGACCGGGCCAAGAGGUCGUGGAGAUCGGGACUGAAGCUUCUUAGUAAUGGCAGACGGUGGAUCGGAGAGAAACAGGCAACGUCCCAGCAAUCUGCAGGGGCUGCUGAGGCUUGCAGUGGAGGCUGGUUCAGUGGGGGAUACAGCUCCUGAAUUGCAUCCCAUGCCAGAAGAACGGAGACAGUGGCUGCAGGAUGCACUAUCAGAUGUAUUUAAUGGACAACUGGAUGAACUGAAACAGAUCAAGGAUUGUCUUCAAAUUCUGAGUGAUACAUCUGAAGAUGACCUGAACGAGGAUGGAAGGAGGAGCAAUGCACUCGACACUGUAGCAGAUCUGUGCGAAAACCUGGACAAUGCAGGAGAUUUCUGUAAGCUGGGUGGCAUGCAAAUUGUGGUCCAGAACUUCCUGGAAUGCCCAGAUCCAGAGCUUCGAUGGCGAGUGGCACACCUCAUUGGCACCUGUAGCCAGAAUAAUCCCUUUGUCCAGGAGCAUGUGUUGAACCUGGGCACCAUGUCCAAACUCCUGGAUCUUCUGAACAGUGACAGCAAUGACAUGGUGCGAAUCAAGGCCCUCUUUGCUGUAUCAUGUUUGGUACGUGAGCAGGAGGCUGGUUUACUUGAGUUUGUUGGCCACGAUGGUUUCUCCGUGCUGAUGAGAGCCAUGCAGAGCGGCAUUGAGAAGUUGAAGGUUAAAGCUGCAUUUCUGUUGCAGAACCUGCUCAUCAGCAACCCUGAGCACAAAGAUGUUCUGUGCUCAAUGGGGAUGGUACAGCAAUUAGUGGCACUUAUACAGACAGAACAUGAUUCCUUUCAUGAGCAUGUUCUGGGUGCACUUUGCAGCCUUGUGACGGAUUUUCCUCGUGGCGUGAGGCAGUGUCAAGAGCUGGAGUUGGGUCUGGAGGAAAUUUUGAUUGAAAGAUCACGGAUGCUGAAAGAUCAAGAAGAAUUUCAGGAAGAGUUGGAGUUCUGUGAGCAACUCCUCCGAACUUGCUUCAGCCAGCCAGAGGAGCAUGGGAUGGAUCGGUGAUGUGCUACAACUUUUUCCUAUUGAUGCUGCAAUAUCAGAGAAAAGUUCUUUGAUUUUUCAAACGGCUUCCUACCAUUGGGAUCUGCAAAGACACCGAAGCCGAGUGUGUUUCAAAUCAGCCUAUAUAUUACACCUAUUUAAAAAAGUAGACUGUUUAAAAAAACAUUCAUUUGAUCUUUUAAGUGGGUUCCAGGUAGAAAUGUAGAAAGCGCCUAUAAGGAGCUUUUCUCGGUUACCCUUUGUACUGGAUCCCUGUUUGGCGUCAAUUUAUUUUCGUAGCCCCUCAUUCUCCUUUCAUCAACUGUCGGAUAAAUACAGUCAGCAAGUUGUGACCGGUACUACUUGCUGUUUAAAAUCUUUUGGUGCAAUCGUUUUACUUCAGGUAUUAAGCUGCGACAGACAGCUGGUAGAGACUCUGUCAGUUAUUUUCUGUAGACUUCCUGACCCAUUAGUACCAAGUGCCCCUGUUGUGGUAGUGUCCCUACUCAUGGACCAGGAGGCCUGGGUUAAAGUCCCAGAGAUACGUGAUACAAACUCUGAAUAAGUUGAUUUAAUGGUAGGUACAUUGUUGAAAUUUGCAGGAAUCAGUUAUCCCUCUUUUUCUAACCCCUGCCCGGGCAGCUUUCCUGCAGCCAUCCCAAGGAAUGCACAGUUUAUUUCUGAGUGCCUGUCUGUCUGUGCUCCUGGAGAAUCAAUCCUAUGACUGCUGCUGGGACGUGUAAACCCGGACAAGUGACUGCAAACUGGUGAAGCUGCUGAGAACAUUACCCUUGUCUCUGAUCUUUGGACACCUUUCCCUACGCACUGGUCUAUAAUUUGAAGUGCUCACUGUAGCAAUUCAACUGAAAAAAUAAGUUGAAUUUUAAGUUGGGAGGGUUUUUUUUUAAACCCUGUCAUCUAGUGCAAGCACUUUAAAUUGUUAUCUUAGUCUGGAAAACUGGAAACAUUAAGUAAGAAGUGUGUGCUGUAUAUCAGCAGGGUUGUGACUCAUUUGAGUGCUGCUAACCACAAGGCUUGCUGACCUGCUCUGCCUUGGCCAUGGGUUGACCCUGAACCUGCGGCUCGAAGGAUUAGCUGCAGCUGUGCAGGGAGGGGACCCUUGUGUUUCUCUGGCUGUCAGGUAGCCUCAGUACCAAUCCUGGAAGGUGCACAAUACCCAUUGUGUUACUGAUCACUCCACACAUCAACAUUGCUUCUGAAUUUAGAAUGAUUUAAAAACUGAAGCAAAGAUAUGACUGUAAUAACCUGGCAUAAUUUUAAGUCUUUAUUUUGUUUCUCUGCAUAAACUUUGAGAUUCAGUUUCUGUGGAAAAGAAAUAUAGUUUUUGAAUACAU